GUGAGAUUAAUCCUGAGCUUUCGCGUGCUGCCUGAGGCACCGUAAAUCAAGACGUCAGACGGUUUUAGCCUACAAGACAGGAACCUCAAUUUAAUUGCUCAGACAACAAAAUGCCUAUUAUUUAAGUCGGUUUAACACCCGACUCCCACGCGCGUUUCUUUUGCGACGAGAAGAGAAAAUACUUUUAGAAACCUGUAGGAUAUUUUUUUUCUUCUUCUCGCGCGCGCGCUGUGACCUAUCGGUUGGAUAUGUCUCGUUCACUGUCGAUAUUGCUGGUGGGAGAAGGGAACUUUUCGUUUUCCGCUGGUUUGUGCCGCUUACCAUGGGAGGUGAGCGUCACGGCCACUUGUAUGCAGCCUCAGGAGGAGGCACUGCGGCAGGAAGGCGCAUUCAAUAACAUGCAGAGCAUCAAGGACUCCGGUGGAAGUGUGCUUUUCGAGAUAGACAGCACAAAGCUUGGGGAAUGCGCAUCCCUGCAAGGGCAUUUGUUUGACCGUGUGGUAUUUAACUUCCCACACUGCGGGAGAAAGAGUGGCGUUAAAAAGAACAGGCAACUUCUCAAAGACUUCUUUCUCAGUUGCAUUCAGGUGUUAGCUGAACACGGCGAGGUUCACGUUUCCCUGUGCAACGGACAGGGCGGGACGCCGGCCGACCAGCCGAGGCGAGAGCGACACAACAGCUGGCAGGUGGUUGCCAUGGCGGCAGAGGGACACCUCAUCCUCAAUGAUGUCCGCCCUUUCGAGAGUGACAAAUACCAGAGCUACAAGUGCACAGGAUACAGGAGUCAAGAUAAAGGCUUCCAUUUGGAGAAUGCUUUGCUCCAUGUGUUUACUCGCAGCGCCCCCUUCAGUUGCCCUCAAGUAUUUAAAGUCGAAGAAACUGUGGAAGGAGAAAAAGUCCAGUACAACAUACCAGCAGAACUCAGUGAUUACACGUCUCGGGGCUUUCUCGCCUCAGAUUCUGUCCAUCCUGUCAAAUUGGUGCAAGAUUUUCUUCUCGAGAGGCUACAGGAAAAGUGGGCGGUCUCCAUGGCGACAGAGACCCUUCCUGUCCUCCUCAGAGCCAAACAGUUGAAUUUGUGCUACCCUGACAUAGACCGCACACUGUUCUACUGGAUUCACGGGUGUCAGAAAGAGCUGAACUGCGAGGCUUGUACCUCCACAGAGGAAUUGGCGAGUCAGGUUCGAGGGUCGUGCGUUGUCUCAAAGCCAAUGGACAAGGUGUUGAAUAGUAAGGGAGUGGAGGGGAUAAGGUCAUUAUGCUCUCCUGAUGUUGACCUUGAGGGGGAAACUGCUCUUUAUAUAUUGCGUCCCUCACUGCGCCCCCAGAUGGAAACACUUGUCGCGAAAAAAGAAGAGUUGACCACUGGAAAGACAGAAAUUGAAAAAAAACAAGAUAAGGGAAUUAAUCUGGAGCAUAGUGGGAAAUGGAAUGGUGUGGCAAGCAAGCUUUUUGGAAUCAGUGGUCUGGUGUUCAGAAAUGUUCCGGUCCAGCACUGGGCUCUGCCUGUCUUCCACGAGCUCCUCUUCACUGGUGUUCUCCCUAAAGUGUACGAGCCAGUCAAUGUUCUUGAGCAAACUUUGGGAAUGCUGCUAGCUCCCUACGGCGUCUCCACGGUUACCAAGCAGGAAGGUCUGCAUCUGAUGGCACAGCCGAUGGGGUUAAUCGGUAAAGUGGUCACAAGUAGCACAAGUGAUGUCAGCCUCCUCAGCGUGACUGUGUCUUUAAAUCUGGACCUCCUCGCUGUGCUCAUGUUCUCACUUCCAGACUGGCGUCUGUUGUGGUCACAUGACCCACGCUUCUUGCAGCAGUUUGUCCUCCGGCCAAUGCCUGGGACACCUUUCACCGCCUACUCUCUGUUCCCUGAGCUCUUUAGCUUCGACAUUAGCUUCUGGACGGGGACGGCGUGGGAGGAAAAGAAGUUCCACGCGCUGGUCCGAGAGGCCUCCUGCGGGAAUGUGGAGCAUGUUAAACUCAUUGAUAAGUUUUCACAUCCGGACCUGAGCCAGACCAGCUACUGCUACAGGCUCAUUUACCACUCCCACACACAUGCACUGUCACACACACAAACCCUCCAGUUCCACAAACACUUGGAGUCAUUACUGUCCUCAUGCUUGGAAGUGACAAUCAGGUAGCAGCUAAUAUUCCUCAGUUUGUCUGCAAACUAUAAUUUUUUUUAGACUUUUUCAUUAAAUGUAGAUGAGAACCUUGAAAUGAGUCAAAUGUUGUGAAACAGUGUUUCACAUGAAGUUUAAUUUAGGCUACGCCUUUGAAAAAGCACUUCUGUGUGCUCAAACAUGUGAUCUAACACUGUCUGGAUACAUCACCAGAGUGCUCUCGAGGGUUUCCCAACCUUUAUUAAUUCAAAGCCGAUACUUUUCAUUAUUUCAUGGCACACCAUCAAACAUAGUACUGUAUACUGAAAUAAUGAUGCUGUGGUUGAAGUGGUGGUAGUGGAAGAGCAUUUCAUGCUUCUGUCUUUGGUGCAGUCGUUGAUAAUCACUGCUUGAGAGUAAUUCGGUACAAUCUAUAGAGGGAAUGGAAAUAAGACAAUAUGCCAGUGUUUUAGUCAUAUACAUAGUUAUUAAUCAGUGUUAUUUAAUAGUUGAGUUGUAUGUGCAGAAAGAGCCUUGGAGCUUGGUAUUGUGCAAUAUAUGCAACAACAAAAAAAGAAUAAGGGACUUUAUACUAAACAAUAAAUUGGCGAAUAAAUGUGCACAUUGCAGUGCAUUAUGUAAACUGGAGUACUGUAAACAGUCAUUUGUUUACAAUAAAUGAAGUACUUUAAAUGAUUUGCUUGUAUUUCACAAUCUACACAUGCCAUUGAUGUUAUUUCAUUAUUGAUGGUUUUGAGUCAGAGACAAGAUUACUGUACAGCUAUUUAAAAAAAAAAAAAAAAAAAACGGGCAAUAAGGAUCAUCAACAACGUCGGCCAUCUGGACGACUUUCACUCUUGUGGCAGUCAAAAUUAUUAAAAUUUGCACACAAGUUAAAUUCCUAACCACACAGAUCAUGUACAAAGUUCAUAUAAUGUUACCAAAAAAUAUUCCAGAAUUGUUUUACAAUUGAAAGGUCGUUAUAUCUUCAAAAUUAGGAGAAUCUAUACAAACUGGAAAUUAUUUUGUAUUUCAUUCUGUGAGGUAAGACAACAAUAGAUAGGUAGUUCAUAAAUUUAUUUAUCCCGUUGGGGAAAUUCAGCCACCUCGCAGCUCACAGUCAAUGCACCAAAAUAAAUAAUCAAAUACAAUCGUCAAUUCAAAUUCAAAAGCUCAAAUACACUCCACUCGUAAAGUAGCAGUCAAGCCAGCCACCCUAAUUUUGUUCAUGCUAGGCAUUACGGUAAUAGGUCGCCAACUCGCCGCGAAAGCCACCUUCAAAAUAAAAGCUUGCCAAUAAUACGGACGUCAAUGCUCUUCGGUUAAGGAAUGCAACCAUCAAAGUUAAUUUGAAUCUUGACAUGCAUUCAAACAUUUUGUUUAUUUGAUUUCUUGGGGAAAAUUAAUGGUAAAUGGACUGCAUUUAUAUAGCGCUUUAUCUAUACCAUCACAGUGCCCAAAGCGCUUUACAAAGCCUCACAUUCACACACACAUUCAUAAACCAAUGGGCGACUGAUGCCAUGCAAGGCACUGCCAGGCCCACUGAGAGCAAAUUAGGGUUCAGUGUCUUGCCCAAGGACACUUCGACAGUCGUAGCAGGGAUUCGAACCUGUUCUACCUACUGACCUAAAGCCACCCCAACAUAAUCCCAUUGGUAUCGCAAGACAAGUCCAGAUCUGUGUGACAGACCACCAAGGACUCCACUAAAAGAGGUUUGA